ACUGGGAAAUUAUAAGGAAUAUAGCUUACUAGAGAAUAGCUACAAAGACUCUUUUAUGAUCCAGCGCUUUUAUACAGGGCUUUUAUCUUUCCCUUUUGUCUGAUGAGGAGUUGUCCUGUGAAAUCCAGACACUAUGACAUCUGUUGUAGCCAAUUCCAGUAAGCCUGUUAAGACCGAAAGGAAAAACUGCACUGGGAACGAGUUUGUUUGUGUUAAGAACCCUCACUUGGAUUCUAUGGAUGAAGAUAUCCUAUAUCACUUAGAUUUGGGGACCAAAACUCACAAUCUGCCUGCCAUGUUUGGUGACAUAAAGUUUGUCUGCGUGGGUGGGAGCCCUAACAGAAUGAAAGCUUUUGCUCAGUUCAUGCAUAAAGAACUUGGACUCGAAGGAGAUGAGAAAGACAUGAAAGAUAUUUGUGCUGGGACAGAUCGGUACUGCAUGUAUAAAGUGGGACGUGUGCUCUCCAUCAGCCACGGGAUGGGUAUUCCCUCCAUUUCUAUUAUGCUGCAUGAGCUAAUCAAAUUGCUACACCAUGCAAAAUGCCGUGAUGUUACCAUUAUACGCAUCGGUACUUCAGGGGGAUUAGGGAUUGAACCUGGAUCAGUUGUAAUAACAGACACAGCGGUGGAUUCGUUUUUCAAGCCUCAGUUUGAACAGGUGAUACUGGACCGGGUGGUUGUGCGAAGCACUGAACUUGAUAAAGACCUGGCUGAGGAACUACUGGAAUGUAGCACAGAGAUAAUGGAUUUCCCAACACUUAUUGGUCAUACAAUGUGCACCUAUGAUUUUUAUGAGGGUCAGGGGCGGUUAGAUGGGGCACUGUGUUCGUUCUCCAACGAGAAAAAGUUAGAGUACCUCAAAAGAGCUUACAACGCUGGCAUUAGAAAUAUAGAAAUGGAGUCGACUGUGUUUGCUGCUAUGUGCAAGUUGUGUGGCCUUAAAGCUGCAGUUGUCUGUGUGACUCUCCUUAACCGACUUCACGGCGACCAGAUCCAGGCAUCCCAUGAAGUUCUACUAGACUACCAGCAACGUCCUCAACGGCUGAUUUCAGUGUUUAUUAAAAAGCGCCUUGGACUUUGGAAUCCAGAAGGUUCAAUCUGAAAGUCGGCGAUGGUUGUCGUUGCAACAAUUCUCUGCAGUAUAUGUGCCAGUCUGCAGACAUACAUGUAUAGACAUUAAUUUGAUGCCAUGUUUUAGUAAUUUGAUUAUACGCAGCAAGCGUGAAGGAGGAUACCUGAGACAGUGCAACAAAAAAAAAAUUACAUUUACAGACCAACAGUAGCAACAAUUCAGCUAUAGCUAGGGUUGCCAACUUCCAGGGGAUGGCUGGAAAUAUUCUGCUAUUGCAACUGAUCUCCAGACUCCAGAGGUCAGUUCACCGGGAGAAAAUGGCUGCAUUGGA